AGAAAGAAGAAUACGAAGAAGAAAAAGAAAACCAGGAACAAACAAAAUGCUGCGUGAAUGGAAAACUCAACUUGUCUUCAUUUGAUAACCGCGUGGAAUGAUGGAAAUGUAUUACUCUAAGAAUAACAACGUCAUGUUCAUGGAUUACUUAAAUUAAUGCCACGCAAAGUCGCAAAGACUGAGAAGCCUGCCCUGCUAUUCCUGGAACGGCCUGUGCGUGGAGCCAAACUUCAAAAUGUACCUGAAUUACGAGCUGCACUCACUCCCAAAGAGUUUUUCACUGAGACACAAAUACAGCACAGUUCAACUCUUAAUUCCUGGGUAAACCCACAGUUUGACAGUGUGGUUGCAUCUGCGUCUCCAGUGAGACGAGGGAGGAGAAAAUGUCAGUCCGCCACAAGCGUCCUUGACCGAUUCAGUCAGCUGUCCAGAAAAAACAGAGUGGGCAAGUUCCCCUCACUUCAGUUUCAAACAGGGACGAGAGACAAAUCUCCUAAGCCUACGAGCACAAGCACAAAGAAAGGUGAAGAGUGCACCGUGUCGCCUAAAGCUAGAAAUCAACGUUUGGGAUCAUGCCAAAGCAAAAAAACAAUCUUAAAUGGACAUUGCUCAGGUGCACAAAAGAGACGGUGGUUAAAAGUCUGCAAAGAUGAUGACAAAGCAGUUUUGGAGUGUGCUGCAUCUUCUGUCAAGUGUUCGGAUCAACCCGGACUUCAAUCAACAGAAGUUAGGAACAGUUGCAGAAUUCCAGCAGAGGGAGCUUCAACACCUGCCACCACUGAGGUCAGCAGUGUCAGCCCACCAGCUGAUGUAGACGCUCCAGAAAUAAUGCAGGGAGCGGGCAGUUCUCCCUCCUUGCCCUCUGUACAUUUUCUACUUGCUCAGCCAUGCACACCGCCAUGUAACAGGCCUGAUAUUCUGGUGGAUGACACGCCGGAGAAGGAUUAUGGAGUGAAGGUGACAUGGAGGAGGAGAAAUCAUUUGAUGCUGAUGUUAAAAGAGAGGGGACACCUUUCUGAGACAGAUGCACUAAUUCAAAGCUGAUGUAGUCAUUUUUUUUUAACUAUCAAAACAAUUGCUACUUUGUUUUUUAUUGAUGCGCUGUUGCUAUUCAAAGUCAAUAUAGUCUUAUGAAAUUUCUCUUUAACUUAAUAUGGACAUUACUCGUGCUCAUCACUGCAAUAAACAAAACCCAAACAAACACAGUUGCAUUUUAACGGGUGCAAUGCUUUAAAAGAAUAACGUAAAAUUGAACUGUGGUGUUAGAAAUUCUGCAUUUAGUAAUUGUCAUAACAACAAAGAAUUAUUUUUUUCAAGAAUUAGUUUGACCUUGUAACGAACAUUUUGUCAGUAAAGUGCAGCAGUUUGGAUCUAAAAUAAAUACGUAUACACAAGUGACAAAA